GGGAAUAGUCGUAGCGGUCUCGGCGGUCUCCAGCGCGGCGCGUCCCGGGGCGAACCCGUGGCCUUUCGAGUGCGCGGCCAGGGUGCGCGAGAGCGAGCGAGCGAGGUGCGGGUCGUGGCUUCGAAUGAGACAGGCCGGCCGGUGGACCGUGCCGCGUGGAUCCGCCGGUGAGGCGACGCGGUCGGUGCGGCCUCCGGCCCCGGAGGGCCGCGCCGCGUCCUAGGGAGCGCAGAGCGACCGGGGCGACAGGACCGCAUCCUCGCCAGGGUGGUUCGAGGGGGGUCGGUCGGCGCGGACGCCCUGGCGACUGCCGGGGUGGUUUACCCGCCCGCGACGGCGACGCUCUUCCCGGGCCGGGUGCCUCCACACCCACCCCCCGAGUUCACCACGUUGGAGCUGGGGUUCCCGCCGCGCGGCACCGCCGCCUCCAUGGCGCUGGUGGCGCCGCCGCCCUCCUGGGCCUCGAGGGACCUCGCGGCGGCGGCGGCCGCCAGCGGGCCCCUCCAGGUCGGGCCCCCGCCCAUGCCGCCCGCCACCCACCUGACGCCCUCCGCCACCCCCGAGGACAUCACCUGCCUCGUGCCCUCCGGCGCCGUCCUCAACCCCCGCGACCCCCGCGACCCCCUGCCGCCCAGCACCACCCCCGGCAGCCAGGCCAACAGCUCGCAGUCCGGCAGCUCCCAGACCGACAAGUCGCCCAACAUCGAGUGCGUCGUCUGCGGGGACAAGAGCAGCGGGAAGCACUACGGCCAGUUCACCUGCGAAGGGUGCAAGAGCUUCUUCAAGAGGAGCGUCCGGAGGAACCUGACGUACUCGUGUCGAGGAAACCGAAACUGUCCCAUCGACCAACACCAUAGGAACCAAUGCCAGUUCUGCCGCCUGAAGAAGUGCCUGAAGAUGGGCAUGCGCCGGGAAGGUAUGCAUUCGGUCCAGAGGGGGCGAGUGCCACCCUCGCAGCCGGCGUUGCCAGGUCUCCAGGGUCAGUUCGCCCUGACGAACGGCGACGCCGUGGCCUGCGCCAGCCUCAACGGCCACUCGUACCUCUCGUCCUACAUCAGCCUCCUCCUCAGGGCGGAGCCCUACCCUACCUCGCGGUACGGUCAGUGCAUGCAGCCCAACAACAUCAUGGGCAUCGAUAACAUCUGCGAGCUGGCCGCCAGGCUCCUCUUCUCGGCCGUCGAGUGGGCUCGCAACAUCCCCUUCUUCCCGGACCUCCAGGUGACGGAUCAGGUGGCGCUCCUCAGGCUAGUCUGGAGCGAACUAUUCGUCCUUAAUGCCAGCCAGUGCUCGAUGCCGCUCCACGUGGCGCCCCUUCUGGCCGCUGCCGGUCUACACGCCUCGCCCAUGGCUGCCGACCGCGUGGUCGCCUUCAUGGACCACAUCCGCAUCUUCCAGGAGCAGGUCGAGAAGCUCAAGGCUCUACACGUGGACUCGGCCGAGUACUCCUGCCUCAAGGCCAUCGUCCUCUUCACCACCGACGCCUGCGGGCUCUCGGACGUGGCGCACAUCGAGUCCCUCCAGGAGAAGUCUCAGUGCGCGCUGGAGGAGUACUGCCGCACCCAGUACCCGACGCAACUGACGAGGUUCGGCAAGCUGCUGCUGCGACUGCCCUCCCUGAGGACGGUGUCCUCCCAGGUGAUCGAGCAGCUCUUCUUCGUCAGGCUGGUGGGCAAGACCCCGAUCGAGACGCUCAUCCGGGACAUGCUGCUCAGCGGGAGCAGCUUCAACUGGCCGUACAUGUCCUCGAUGUGACACUCCGUCUGGCGGCAGCUAGCUUCCGCAUAAUACCUCGCCGCGGCUCGCGACACGACCGCUGCGGAUCCGUGAGCGGAAGGGACCGGAAGGGACCGGAAGUGGCCGGAAGCAACCGGAAGCGACGAAAGCCGACCGGAAGCGAUCGGAAGCGACCGCCGGAGGAAAGUCGCCGAGGGACCAGGACUCUCGCCUCUCUCUCCACCCGACCGGGGGUGUACCCCCCGUGGCAAGCAGAGGGGAGGGUAAUCGAGUCGUCGCUUAUUCGGAAUCGGCGCGCCGAGUGGUCGGACAAAACCACCCCUACCUAGCACCACCCCCGACGAACAGCUGGGGUGGAGGCGCUCCUUGCAGCGACCGAUGCCGGACGUGCCAUAAAUUAGCAUCGGCAAUCGCGCUUUUCGCGGAUUUCCUCUUGAGGAUCUUCCAGCGGGAAGAUGUCUUCGAGGAGCUCGAAGUUUCCCUCCCUGGGAACUCCCUCUUCUCGCUCCUCCUGGCGCAACGGAGUUCGAAAAUACUGAAACUCCUUCCGCGAAAUCUGGGAAUCUUGCGAAAAGUGUGGAUUUUGCGAAAAGAAGGAAUUCUGCGAAAAGCGGGCUGCCCUGUAAGUUCGUGCCGUUUAAAUAUUCCAAAUUUUAUCGCGUUAAAUUUUUUGAGCGACAAAAAAGCGAACGACGUGUUAUAACAUUGUUAAAUUUUAGUUCUUCGAGGAAAUUGUUUGCAAAUGAAUGGCACGAACUUGCGGGACAGCUCAAAAAUUCACUGCGACCUCCUUCUUACCCAUGGAAGGUGGAAAGUGGAAAAGGGCGAAAGGACAGGGGGAGGGGAAUGCCGGGGCUCGCGGAAGCGACGAGGGGGACAAUGUGAUAUAAGAAAUGACGCGAAAGGGCGAGAAAAGGCGGUUUACUCGAGACGGUGCUCCCUUUUUUUUGCUACCUUAUAUAAAUAUUGUACAUUGCGCGAGAGCUGUAUAGGGUUGCUUAGUGAUACGAAUUUGAUUAUUAUACGAUAGUAAAUGUGGCAAUGUCGAGCUAGUUACUUAGUGGCGCACUUUAGGGGUUAUAUGGGAAUAUUUCUGAUAUUUUUAAGCGGUCGUUCCUCACCGGGAGUUGAGGCGUCGUCCUUUUAAAAGGGGCCGUCCCGGGUGAAUCCGGAGGAUCGUUUCACACCAGGGGUCAUUUGCGCAGGAAAUCGUCGAUUUUAAUGCGCGCAAUCACGAGGAAAUCAUCGAAAUCACCGAAACGUUGGCGCAACUUUAAGGCCGAACGUCGCUUGUUACCGAAUUAUGUUGCUUCUUAUCGUAUCAAGUCAAGGGCAAUCGGAUCUCAAAGAAGAAAAUCGUUAUCACGGAUUUCCUAGCGAAUAGCCCCUCGGGUUAAACCCCUCGAAGCUCCGCCAUCGAAUCAUCCCCUCGAACGGUGACCUUUCGUUCCCGUAGCGCGGUCGGUGCCUUUUUUUGGAUAAUCUUUCCGAAAACCGUGAUUUAGCUCGAGACGACUCCUCGGGGAGACAGAGAGGGAAACAGAGUGAGGGAAAGAGCGGAAGGGGGGCAGGGAAACAAAAGGGAAAAGGGGAGAGAGAGAGAGGCAGUUGCUCACGAAACUCGAAACUGUAUUAUACACCGCCAGCGGAUAUCGUCUAAUGUACGUAGAUCGUAAUGAAAAUAUCUAUACAUAGUUAUGUAUAAAGUACGUGAACAUUUUUGUAUAAAAAACGUGUACAUAAUUAAUAUAUAGAUAUAUAUAUAUAUAAAUAUAAAUAUAUAAAUAAACAGAUGAACCGAGAGGACGCGCGGUUAAAAAUCUCUAUUAUACAUAGGACUUACAGAAGGAUUAUAAAU